UUGUUUCAGACCCUCUAUCCUCGCCACUGCGUCCAGGAAACAUAUGGGGCAAAGCUACAUGAAAAACUCCGCCUUCCUGACGAUGCUUUCUUUACAACAAAAGGAGAAAAAACCUACGUUGGUUCGUAUUCCGCUUUCUACGAUAAUAGCAGAAAUCCUUUAAAUGUGCUCAAAGAUCGGCUGGAUGAAGACAACAUCAAAGUUGUUCUUGGCUGUGGAUUAGCAUAUGAUAUUUGUGUCCGCCAUCCUCUUGAUGAUGCAAAUCAUCUUGAGUUCUACAGCGCAGUUGUGAGAGAUGCCAGCAAAGGAGUUAUGGUUGAUUCAAUCAAAGCAGCCGACGAACUCUUUGAACUUAAGAAAAUCGCGAUAUUAAACGAAACGACAGCCAAGAGUGUGAUAAGUGGACAGAAAAUCCCCAAAGAAUGGUUACUCAAAUUCCUUGAGGAGAAGCCAUUAGAUGAGCAUCAAUGA